GCGCCAUGGAGCCCACUGGAUCCGGAUGCCCGGAAGGCAGAGCUGGGCAGCCAAAACAAGCGAGUUUGGAGGAUGCCAAGGCCUUUUAUGAAAACCUCUCUUCCAAAAAGAAGCCCAAAUCAGUUUCAUGGCUGAGUUACUCUGACGGAACCAACAGGAGCAAAAGGAAAUGGGCGGCAGAGCCAUUUACGAGAAGGAAGCUGUUUGCCAACAGAGGGCUGGCACUGGAGGACCAGGCAGAGGCUGGAAGGGCCCAAGUGCUGACAUGGGCUUUGGCUGGCCCAGCCACACGGGGCAAGCAGUGAAGCCUACAUCCCCACUUUCUCCCAGCACGAGAAGAAGUACAGCACCGAGGAGGAGCAGGAGGAGAAAACAGUUGGCAAGGAUGGCUCUCUCCCUCCCUCUAGCCGGUGGUGUAAGGUUCCGGGGGUCACCAGAACCUUACAAAACAAUCAAACCAAUAUGGAAGCUGGACAAACUGAAAUGUAGCUAAUUAUGAAAAUGAGUCAUUGAGAGAUGCUGGCCUGACUGACCCCCUCGCCUUCAAGGCGAGGAACCCCUCGUCCCUCAAGGGAGGCUCCCUUUGGCCCAGUCACCAAGGGCAGUUGCCUUCUCUUAGCGGGGGAUGCAACCACCACUCUUCUCUUGCAGCCAAAGCCGCAACACGCCAUCACCAUUGCCGUGUCCUCCCGAGCCCUCUUCCGCAUGGAAGAAGAGCAGAAGAUUUACAAAGAGCAGGGCGUGGAGGCCUACGUGAAAUAUCAGUUGGAGCACGAGGAGGAGCCCUUCCUGCCUGGAGCGGCUUUCCCUUUUGUCAAGGCUUUGGAAUCGGUCAAUAGCCAGCUGCGGGAACUGUUCCCAGACAGUGAGGAACUUUUUGACAUUGUCCUUGUGACCAACAACCAUGCGCAAGUGGGCGUUCGCUUGAUCAACAGCAUCAACCAUUACAAUCUCUUUAUUGAGAGGUUUUGUAUGACCGGCGGGAAUAGCCCCAUUUGCUACUUGAAGGCCUACCACACCAACCUCUACUUAUCCUCUGACUGUGAGAAAGUGAGUGAGGCCAUAGAAGAGGGGAUUGCAGCUGCCACUGUUUUCACCCCCAAGAAAGAUGUGGAAGUCUCAGAGAAGCAGCUUCGUGUCGCCUUUGACGGAGAUGCUGUGCUGUUUUCCGAUGAGUCGGAGCAGAUCGUGAAGGCUCACGGCCUAGACAAGUUCUUUGAGCACGAGAAGACUUAUGAGAACAAGCCUCUCGCUCAGGGGCCACUGAAGGGCUUCCUGGAAGUGUUGGGGAAGCUUCAGAAGAAGUUCUACAGCAAAGGCCUCCGCCUGGAAUGCCCCAUCCGCACCUACCUGGUCACGGCUCGAAGUGCUGCCAGUUCCGGGGCCCGAGCCCUAAAGACUCUCCGGAGCUGGGGACUAGAAACGGACGAGGCCCUCUUCCUGGCCGGCGCACCCAAAGGCCCCUUGCUGGAGAAGAUCCGACCACAUAUCUUCUUCGAUGACCAGAUGUUUCACGUGGAGGGAGCGAAAGAAAUGGGCACUGUCGCCGCCCAUGUUCCUUAUGGGGUUGCCCAGAAGUACAAGCUCUCAGGACAAAGAAAGGCAGCUCAGGACAGCAAGUAGUGCCCAGGGAUGGCCUGGGCUGGACCAGCGCUUGGUAGAGAAUGAAGGCUCAGUUGGUGAGCACCAACUUCUAGGAUGACUAGAACCAAAGGUGUUGUGAUGGUCCAUGAAGGAUCUGCUGCUGCCUGUACAUGUUGCACUUUCUGAUCUUCCCCACCAGCACAAUAGCUGUGCCCCACACCUUCCUGCAGGGCCCUCAAAGCAUCUCCAGGGGCUUUUUGGUGCCUCUCCUGUAACCAAGAGUCUUUCAAGAUAGAACUAGCCUUUUCUUCCUCCAAAAUGGGAUCGUUUUGCAUCUGGGGAUAUUUUCGUGUGACCUAUCCUAGGUGAACCUGACAUAUGUUAUACUCUUGCAAGUGCAGCAUGCAGGAAUUGCUGACAAGGCCCAUGGAAGCCUUGUUAAAAGAUGUGCUUGCAACGUUCACUUGUUUGCAAAAAAAGCCAUUUGUCGCUGGUUACAUGGCAGAGACCAGCUGGAAGCAUUCAGCUGAGGGGAGCCGGCAGAGGCUCAUCGUUCUCCCCUCUCCCAUCUUUUCUGGCCACAGGGGGAGGGGGCUGUUCAUUGUCCUCCCCUCCAAAGUGCCAGUGCCAGGAAAGGAGUUCUGAGGUGUGUCUAAGCAUAUUCAUAGCCACAGAAGCUGCCUUGUUGUGCCAAGCACAUGGAGAGACUUCAUGUGUCAUUUGGGGCAUUUAAAAUGUGGCAUUUUCUGGGCAGCCAUUCAGGAUGCAAUCUUUCCUGUGAGCCAGGCAGGAGCAAAAGUGGGGAAAGUGGGCUUUGGCUCUGAGCCUGAACGCAAAAAUGGGCCUUGAGUAAAUGUCCGGCUCCAUGCGAGAGUCACACGGUGUUCCACAAGCAAGAAGGGGAACAGGGCUCCCUUUACAACACUGGGCAAGCACACAAAGCAUUUUGUCCUUUUCCUUUCCAAGCUUUGAGGCUGCAGGCUGUGGCCAGAAGCAGACGGAUGCAGCUCAAGUCCCGACUCCUGGACACUCAGCGAGUAGUCUGAACAAAUUGUUCACUCUAAAUAUAUUAAAUUUCAAAGGUGGAAGCCAUCGCCUCCCUCCAAGAGCUUCUGAGAGCUUUCCAUCCACAGCUUCAGAUCAGAAGGGAAUCAAAGGCUCCUAGGGUUGGAGGUUCUAGUCCAACCCCCUGCCCAAAGCAGGUGUCCACUUUCAGUAUGACUGCACUUUAUUCUUGGGAAAAGAUCCAAGAAACAAUUUCCCCACAGAACUCACUGCCUCAGGAGUGCAUUCUUUCCUUUUGCAGAAAGAAUUUUGCUGCCAGUGUCCUGUGUCUUCAUCUUCAUGAUUGUAUGUGAAACACCUUCACACCUGCCUGACUCGAUGGAAGUUUGUCUAUAGUAAACCUUCUG